AUGUACCUUCAAGUCAUGCCGCGGAAUAAUCGCCGAGGGUCCGACAAAAGUGACCUCUAUGUCGAGGUUCCUGCCCAGUCGAGCAAGCUUGUGGGCAUGAAGCGCGGUAGCAUGAGUGCUUCCAUGCGCCGCGCCGACGAUAAUUACAUGGAGAUCCUGCGUCGCGAAUCAGCGCUGAACGAUCCUCUCACUCGCAAACAGCGACCUUCCUCCAUCAACGGGUACAUGGGUUUGGGCAUCAUCCGCGUCAUCCUUCGGGACGGUAGCUUUCGCACCGUCAAGGCAGACCAGAUGGACACUUGCCACGAAGUCAUCGCCUUUGUCCUCCGGAAAACCAUCUACAAGGACACGUCACCACAAGAGUGGGCUCUUAUGCUGCUGCUCGUCACCGGAGAGCCCGUCUUUCUUGACGCCGAUGAAUCGGCUUUGGAGCUCCUCGAGCACGGCAUCGACAAGAUUUUUCUCAAAAAGUCCAAGGAACGACAACUAUACUACGAUGACGAGGAGCACUUUCGCAAACGUGCGGCGCGACAAGCCAAGUACUCUGGCCAUGGUCGCGAGGGCGACCGCGUCUUUGUCAAUCCCAAUCAUGAGCUGGCUGAUAUUGCACCCAUUGCCGAGGCGCCAGAGGACGAACCUGUACUCUUGGGCGGCUUGAGCCGCGCAGAGCGUUCGUCAGUGACCUCGCUUGAGAUUCGUCUCAACGAAGACUUGUUGCUGGACAUGGAUGAAGAAUUCAAGCGCGCCGAGGCUGAACUCUACAGUGAAUGGGGCUCAUCCUGGAUUGUGGACACGCCUAUCUGGGUGCCCGGUGACGUGGCUCUUCCUCCCUUGGCUCCAAUGGGGUCCAAGGAGCACAGGCGCAAGAAGACGCCUGAUGAACUCCGCCGCGUAGCCGAAGAACAGGCCAUCUGGGAUCAAGACUUUGAGCGCCUGCGUCGAGCUACCUUGGGAUUUACUGAGCUUGAAGACGGCGAGGAGGAGGCGACCACGUUGCGCCUACCGCCCACUGGCAAGUCAGAGUACGACGACUGCUCCGCAGAUCUGGAAGCCUCUUUGGAUCAAGACCUGGUCUCCAAGCCCCUGGGCAAGGCUGGCGAAGAUCUCGAGCGACGACUUGCCCUGGAUGUCAUUGACAGCCCCGAAGCAAAAGCACCCGUGCGCCCCAUGUUUGCAAGCCUAUCCGCUGCCACAGGCAGUCGUCUGCUUGCCAAGGCUGAGCUGGCUGCUGCUCAAGCUGUCAUGCAGACCGAUAGCGAACAAACUCUCGAGCAAGAAAAUUCGUCAAACCAGGAAAAAAGUAAGACCCUUGCAGCAGAUCAGUCGUCUGCUGACCAAGACGGACCCUUUGUGCCGCCGCCACCCGCACCUGCCCCUAUUGUACUUGUGGUGAACGCCUUCCGUAAUCUCCCAGCCGAGGAAGAAGAAGCCACGAUUGAGGAAACCAGCAACAAGGCACGGCGUCAAGCGCCGCUACCGCCACCCACAAAGCCCGAGUCCUUCGAGUCUAAAUUGGCAGAGCGUCAACCUAGCCAAGAGGCAGACGAGGACACGCUGCGACGAGGGAGCGAAGCGAGCACGCUCAACUCCCGCGAGCUGCGCAAGCUGCGCAAACAGGAAGAAAAGCGGCACAAACUCGACGACAAGCAGCAAAAACAAGAGGAGCGCGAGCAACUCAAGCUGCAAAAGCAGCUGCAAAAACAGCAAAAGCUGGAAGAGAAAAAGCGUCGUAAGGCACCUCCGCCGCCUCCAAAGCCCAGCUCGACAGACAAAGGUGCAUCUACAGAUGGGGCCGAGGGGGCAGAGGCUCAAGAUCGAGUCAAAGCCAAGCGUGCGCCGGCCCCAUUGCCGCCCGCGGCUCACGAUCAAGAUCAUGUGCCAGCCUCAGCGCCAACUCCACCUACGCCGCCGCCCGUCCCCGAGUCGAUCAAUGCUGCCGUCCCUGCUCCACCACCCCCACCCCCAGCUCCGCCCGGCCCGACUACCGUUGCACCGAGGAUGCCCAAUCAAGCAAACACCAACGCCCCAUCGCCUCCACCGCCUCCACCGCCACCGCCACCGGCCUCUGGAAUUCCUUCAGCAAGCAAAGCAGCCACGUCCAUUGCGCCGGACAUGCCUGCCAAUGGCGCUGUGCCUGCCCCACCUCCACCUCCUAUGAGCGUUAAAUCGACCGCCGCCGCACCGCCGCCGCCGCCGCCGCCUGCUAUACCCACAACCACGAAACCAUCAGCGCCACCUGCGCCACCUGCGCCACCAGCUCCACCAGCAGCCCUGUCUUCUGUGAAUACAGCAGCACCGCUGCCUCCGCCUCCACCAGCGAUGAUUUCAAACACAGCGGCACCACCUGCUCCACCUGCUCCACCAGCAGCCCCGUCUGCUGUGAAUACAGUAGCACCGCUGCCUCCGCCUCCACCAGCGAUGCCUGCCGAUACAACUCCCCCUCCUCCGCCACCAGCACCACCAGCCUCAGUUGGUUCGACCCCGCCUACCCCAACCACCAGUACACCACCAGCAACAAAUGCCACGCAAGACAUUGGCUCCGGCUCUGCAGCUGAGGAAGCACAGCCAGUCCCAACGCCCGAGGCCGUGACAAUGACAUCCGUUCCCGCGUCUGAAGGCGAUGCUCACAACAUUAGCCCCACUGCCAUUCCGCAACGGCUCACAGGCCGGUCUGUGCGUCGCCACUCCUCAGCCGAGAAGAAAACGCUGCGGCUUCAAGCUGAGUUACAAGCUGCCGAACGCCGGGCCGCCGAGGUGGAAGCCCGGCUACGCGCCGCCGAAGCAGAGGCACUCCGCGCAAAAAACGAUACGUACUCCAAACAGCAGCUUAAGCGCGAGCUCAAAGAGAUGAAGCAGCGCCAUAAAGCUGAGCUCAAGCGCACCAAGGAUGAGCUCAAGGCUCGUCGUAAAACUCCUUCUGGUCAGUUGAAGUACAUUGCUUUGAGCAAGCUCCCCUUCCGUUUGUUACUGCUGAACGAGCUCUGCCAGGCCCGUGUGCUUACUCACGCUUGUUUCUUUGCACCCCUGGCUGAAUCAGCCGAUGCCAUGCCAUCCCCACCCGUCUCACCCCAAACACCCAGCCCUUCUCCUGCCAUGGCUCCUCCUGCGCCACCCAUGGCUCCUCCUGCGCCACCCAUGGCUCCACAAGCUGCGACCUCGGCGCCACCCCCACCGCCGCCUCCGCCAAUGAGCCUUGGAGCACCUUGCCCGCCUCCUGCUCCGGCACCGCCGGCUGCUCUCACCGCUGGCGCCCCACCGGCUGCGCCCACGACUUCCCUGCCACCCCCACCCAACCUCGGCGGGAGUGGGAUUCCUCCCCCACCUCCGCCCCCAGGCCUGGGGGCGGCACCAGCAGCAGCAGCCGUGCCACCACCUCCACCGCCCUCGGCACCCGCACCGCCUCCGGCUCCAAGCUUGGGUGGCGGGGGUGGCCUGGCGGCAGCUUUGGCCAAUGCUCAGCUGCGCAAAUCCACGACGCCCGCUACCAACAUUUCGCCACCCGCGCCAGCACCCGCGGCUGCGAGCAAUGGCGGGGGCAUGGGCGGUCUUUUGGAUGCCAUCAACAAAGGCGUUCAACUACGUCGCGUGUCCACUGAUGGUAGCAACCCACCAAUGCCGCCGAGUCUCGGGGGCGGAGCUCCGCCCCCACCCCCUCCUCCCUCUGGCAUGGGGGGGCUUGCGGCGGCCCUGGCUGGUGCUCAAUUGCGCCGCACCUCUACAGCUGACUCGAGUGCUCCACCGCCACCGCCCCCACCAAGCUCCGGUGGUGGUGGUAUGAGCGGGCUUUUAUCCGCCAUUAGUUCGGGUGUCAAGCUCAAAGCCGUAUCAAAGCAGCCUCCCAAGACGGCCUCCCCACCUCCGCCUGCGGAUGAGCCUGGGGAUCUCAUGAGUGAGCUGCGACGCAUGCAGAAGCGCCGCUCCACGAUGCUGUCCUUGCAAACAAGCAACGGGCCUUCGGAUUCCAUCCCGGCCCCACCCUCUGGUCCAUCCAUCCCUCCCCCACCACCGCUCAACCCAGUGCUGAACGAGCGUCCUGCCCCGCCUCCACCUCCACCAGGUGCAGGUGCAGGUACAGUACGAGCACCGCCGCCACCGCCACCGGUCACGACCUCUUUUGCGUCUGUACCAGCACCGCCGCCCGCCAGCAAGCCGGCUCUUGCGCCCAAACCUGGGGCAACGCCUGCACCUCCUCCAGCUGUCCCCAAAAGCGGAGCAACACCUACUUCUGCCGCCAAGCCCGCACCGGCCAGUAAACCAGCCGAUUGGAAGAGUUUGAUUCAACAUCGAAAACACUCCAAGCUGGCAGAGGAGGAACAGGCUCAAGCUGAUGCCGAGGCAGCGGAGGCAGCCAAGUAUGAGGGUAUCCCGGCCUGGAAGGUCAAGGUGCUCAAGGCCAAGGAAGCCAAGGAAGCUGAGCGCAACGCCCCUCAGCGACGCAAGCAACAAGAGGCAGCUGAGCUACAAGCCCGGCUAGCUGCCAUGCCAGCGUGGAAGCGAGCUCUGGCUGAGAAGAAGCUGGGUGUUGACUAA